AUGACUACUACUGAGCAUGUUACGGCUUUUGAUAGAGCAAGUUAUUUCAGACCUUGUAAUCCAUCCUUCCUCGUUGUCAUCUAUCCAUCAAACGCCCGUUCACGAGGUCCUUUGAAUUUUCCAUCUAAGUUUUGUAAGAAACACAUUGAUUUGCGCAAGAACAGAGGAGAUAUCAAUCUUGAGGUGUUAAACGGGAGAGUUUGGCAUGCAAGAUACCGAAUAAGGACAGCCGAAACUAGAAGAAGAUUUGAACUGUCAAGUGGAUGGAAGACAUUUGCCGAGGACAAUAACUUGAAAGUUGGUGAUGUUUGCACCUUUGAGCUCAUUCCUGCAACAAAACUCACCUUCCAGACUCUCGUCAAAUAUAGCAGUUUAUCAAAGACCGAGAAAAGAAAUGAAAAUCGUCACUACUACCAACUCGUCACCCUCAAAGAGUUUCAGUUCUUUUGUAUCAAACUUUACGUCGGGUAUAAUUAA